UGCAGGCAUGCCAUUGCCAUGGCUGCACAUUACUCCCAUUGAUAGAAGUGGCAGAGAGCCGAGCUUGAAUGUAUUUCCCUCUCACCGGUAACCUUAAUUUUGAAUAUUCGUUUCCGCUAGCUACGCAGAUUACAAAUCUCUGAGAGUCAAUCGACGCAUUACUGCUAAAUACCAAAACGAACUGUCUAUCCAGAAAUUCUCUGCAACAACGAUGUCGUUUGAUGGAUUUCCUCCGUUCAUCUCUGCUCAGCUCCAGUACCUCCUCAACCACUUUCCUCACUCGAUAAAGGUUGAGCAGGUGUGGUCGGGUAGCAAGUAUUUUCCGGGAACUCUUGAUCGUUUCACGUUGCUCAUUCCCUAUUGCCUAGAUUAUCUCAAGUGGGACAUUAUAUACAAUGUAGAAUUCCCACUAGCUGCUCCAGAUGUUAUAUUUGGACCCGAAGAUGAAGAUUUUCAUCCAUUUCAUGUACUGGGAGCCGAGGGAGGAGAUUCAAGGUUAGUCAAGAACAGUUUGACUGAUUGGAACAACAAAGAUCCAACACGGCUUUUGACUCUCAUUGAGGAACUGAGGGAUAAAUACAUGUCCUACCAGAAGAAGCGUGUUGAAGAAGUUGAUGAUGAUCGCUUGAAGUUUGAAAUUAGCACUAUUUUAUCCAGGGAGGGGAUUGAAAUGCAUAUGAGCACAGGUGCUGAAAAGCUAGAGGAGGUUAAAUUUACAGUUCCUCUAAUGGACAUGAAUAUAAAUAAAAUGGUACUUGCAUGUCCUUGGAGACAUCCACAAAAGAUAUACUUACAGGUCGUAUAUCCUGUUGGUAGGAAGUAUGUAUCUGCUCCUUCAGCACCUCGUCUGAAAUUAAUGGCUACUUCUGAAUUGAAAUCUCUAUUUUCCAUUGAUGAUGUCAAACUUCCUCCAUGGCUGGAUGGAAUGUGCCUGGCUGAAUAUCUUCCUCAUCUAGAAGAACUCCUUCAGAGACAGGUCUCAGAGGCAGUUUCAUCAAUUGAUGUGAGGCGGCGAUUUAUUGAGGCAUUAGCCCCACUAUUAGGAAGGCCGCUAGAAGCUGAUCCGGUUUUUUGCAGAAAAGCUACAUUUCUUGCUACUUCUGGACCAUUUACAUUCCUGGUGCAUCUUUUCCUGUCAACCCAGUUUCCAAAACAACAGCCAUCGCUGAUGCUUCAAAGUACUCAGCAUUUCAAUGCUCAUGGAUCACCUGCCAAGUCCGCUCUUCUGACUGAUUAUCCAUGGAGUCCAAGAUGGGAAGUAUCUCAAAUGGCAGAGCGAGUCUUUGACUUUCUCGCGGAGGAGUCCCUAAACUUCAAAAAGUACUGCAACGAAUCUCAAGUUCAACACUAGAGCAGGAAUUUUAAUUGGCUGUAAUUGGACCCUACAUCAUCCAAGUCGUGUAAUCCUUGCCUCAUCGCAACUUUUUGUUGUUACUCUUCUAUGUCAUUGUGAAUUGGUGCUUGCUGCCCUUUGUGUUGUAAUCAGUUUAAUGCCUGAUGACAUUUUUUACUAUACAAGUUUAUUUUAUGUUAUUACAAUUGAAUUAUUGGGUCUAUUAUAAA